ACAGUCCACCCGCGGUUCAGCCCGGCGCAGCCUCUGAAAUACCAGUCCUUCCGUGUUCUCCUCAGUCCACAGUGUCUUUCGAUAUCUAGCUGAGAAAACGUUAGAGUAACACGAUGAGUACUGAAAAAUACCCCCGGUCUUCUAUUGAAGACGAUUUUAACUAUGGCACAAAUGUUGCUACAGCCAGUAUCCACAUACGAAUGGACUUCCUGAAGAAGGUGUACAGCCUCCUGAGCUUGCAGAUGAUUCUGACCACAGCCACCUCUGCGCUCUUCAUGUUCUCCCAAACCAUCAAGGAUUUUGUUCACGCCAGUCCUGCUGUGGUUCUGGUUUCGGCUCUGGGCUCUCUGGUUCUUCUGCUGGCCCUGGCCGUGUACAGGCACAAACACCCAGUCAACCUCUACCUGCUAGUUGUGUUUACUCUACUGGAGGCAGUUUCUGUGGCCACAGCUGUGUCCUUCUAUGAAUACUCCACCGUACUGCAAGCCUUGUUCCUGACCUGCGCUGUGUUUGUCGGGCUGACGGCCUACACCUUCCAGUCCAAGAGAGACUUCAGCAAAAUGGGAGUAGGCCUGUUCGCCUGCCUGUGGAUCCUCAUCAUUGCAAGCUCCAUGAGGUUCUUCUUCAACAGUGACAGCACAGAGCUGGUCCUGUCUGGAGCCGGGGCUCUGAUCUUCUGCGGCUUCAUCAUCUACGACACCCACAUGCUGAUGAAGCAGCUCUCCCCCGAGGAGCACAUCCUGGCCUCCAUCAACCUCUACCUGGACAUCGUCAACCUCUUCCUGCACAUCCUGCGUAUCCUCGACUCCAUGAAGAAACACUGAAAGCUGCUGUACUGUGCUGUUACCAGCUUCACUGGAAACCCACUCAUAUGCCUGUGCUGUGAUUAACACGUGUUCAUGUGAGGUUCAUCAAAAAUUAGAUUUCAGAGAGGAAUCUUCAUAGAUAAAAUCUAAAAACCUCUCUGUCAUUGGUGAACUCUUUCCAGGUAGCUGCUUCUUUUUAUUCCACCCAAGCUGAUUGUGCUUUUGUAUUAAGUUGAGGAGAUGUUUAUGAGUGCAGCUGUUUGUUUUGUAACCAGGAUAUAUAAUCAUCAUGUCAUGAGACUAAAAUCUACACUACCUGAUUUGAUAUAAGGCCCACUGGCACCCCCAACUGGCGCAAUGGCUUAUCUCCUUGUUUCAGAAAAACCUUCCCUUUUCUCAAAGUAUAUUUUCCAGUAAGUCUCACAGGGGUUUCAGAGCUGUCAUUCUAAUUUAUUCUCUUAUUGAAUUUACUGUUGAAUGUUGUCAAAAAUUAGUUGUUUAUAUUCGACCAGUGCACUGUACUGCUGCAGCCCUCUGAAGUUCAAGUGCAUGCUUGGGGUUAUUAAUAUCUGUGGUUGUACAUAUUGUAAUUUUAUGGUGUAAAUGUAAUGAAAGUAAAUAAAUCAUAAGUCAUUCUAUCCUUUGAGUAAUUGCAAGCAUCAUGGUAAAUGUUGCUUCAGCUGUCCUUAAUGCAUGAUUUAAUAAAGACUUAAUGCAAAGUUUUUUCAUUCUCAAACUUCA